GGCCAGACUACUAAUAUGUCAAGAAGUGAUCAAAAGAAAUUAUUGGAAAUAGAAAAUAGCUUCAUACUUACCUAUUAGGUAUUAAAACAUAAACAGAAGAAUAUUUAACAUAAGCUUUAUAAGAGUCAAAGCAAUGGCUAUAGCUACAGAUAUGGUCAGUGACAGAAUAAAUAUAAAGAACAUAUUAUUCACAAAGGCAAUGCCUAAUUAUAAAAUACCAGUACCAACAGAUGGUCACAAAUUGUAUUCAUGUAUUGAUUGUAGUGACAAGUUUAUAUUUGAAUCGAGUUAUAAAGUUCACAUUGGACGUAAAUCUCUACAGAUUACAUAUUUAUGCAGAUAUUGCAGUAAGCUAAAUGUAUUUUAUAAUAGAUGUCAGUUUUUAGCUCAUAUAAGAUCUCACACUAUUAAAACUGCUACCAUCAACUUGAGUGAUUUAAAAGUUGAACCCUUGCUAUUUAUCAGCUCAGAAAUUGCCACCACAUCUAAGAGUGUAGCUGUAAAUCCAGUAAAAACUUUUCCAAAUAUAUAUUGUUUCGAAUGUAAAAAAGAUAUUACUGUAACUAGAAACAAAGAAAAAGAUAGAGUAACACAUUAUAUGGAACAUGCAAAUAGGGUUUUCACUUGCCCUGUAUGUUUGUUUACACUACCCUCAGUGUGUGCACUAAAUGCUCAUAUACGUUUGCACUUGAAAAGUCCUCCAUACAUUUGUCCUGAAUGUGGUAUGAAUUUAUCAAAUAGGAUUUGUAUAUAUCCCUACAACCAUGAUUGUGAAGGUUUUAAAAUGAUGAGAGUUACAUCUAGAAUUAAAUGUUUCAAAAGUAAUUGUCAAUUGCUUCAUCCAAAUAAUUUUGUAUCCCAUAUGAGGCUUAGUCACUUAAAUAAAAUAUUUAAAUGCCCUCAUUGUUCUCUUGCUGGCUACAAUGAGAAUGCAGUAUUGAAACAUGUAAUGCGGUGUUGUGAUAAAACAAAAUACCCUACAUACUAUGAAUGUCAACAGUGUCCUGGAAUAUUUUUAGGUGUAAAUCAAAUAAACAAGCACCUUGAUAUCCAUCUUUCAUCUAUUCAUAAGACUCAACAAAUGUAUCCAUGUUGGAAUUGCGGUGUUAUUUCUAAUGAUGUGCAUGGUUUAUUGAAACAUUAUAUUUAUAAGCAUCGUUCUACACACAAUAGAUCUUUGUCAGUGAUUCUUAGCAAAAUCACAUUAAAAACAUGUCAUAAAUGUUCAAAAACUACACAUCAAUGGAUUGAUGGCCAUUUUGAUACUGAACCAUAUAAAUGUUCUUAUUGCUCAUUGGAGAGUCUCUCUGAAGAAAGUUCAUCAGCUGGACAUAGGACAGAUGUAUUUCAAAUAGUAUGUCAUUUGUGUAGAGUAAAAGUUAAUGAAAACUGGGAAGAAAUAAAAGCACAUUUCAAAGAAUUUCACAAUCAUAUUAAAUGCUUAGAUUUGAAAGUAAGCUUGACAAAAAUGAAUUUAAAGGAGAUCCAAAAGAAAGUGAACAGACCUAAGCGUUUUAAAUCAAAUAAAAUAUUUAAGCGCAAUCAAAAAAAUAAAAUUAAAAUACAUAUGGAUAGAAAGAGUCCUCCAACACUAAUGCAAGUCGAACAGAACACUCCUAAUUACUGCAAGGAGUGUCAGUAUCAAACAGAGGAUGCAAAAACAUUUCAUGUACAUAUAUUAUCACACAGAGAUCCAUCUAUGGCUUAUCAAUGUAUGGAGUGUGGGCUAUGCUUUGCUGUCAAGCCCUCCUUUUCGACUCACUUGUUAUUAGAUCAUAAAAUAACAGAUGUUAAUGAAUAUGUUGUUAAAAAUAAUUGUUUUAACAAAGAUGCAUUAGAAAAAUACCACAUUAAGUCUGAUGCUUUAGAAGACAAGCCAUUGGAAGAAAACCAAUGUAAUAUUUGUAGAGAAAAAUUUACUGACCCUCACAGUUUAGAAAAACAUUUUAGAGUUCAUGGCAUGGCAUUUUUAAAAAAGAACACCCAAAAAGUUAUAAGUCCAUAAAUAUUGGUUUCAAUAAUUAAAAGGUCUAGUGCUUGAAAUGAACAUAUACUUAUAAACUACUAGCUUUCCGCCUGUGUCUUUGCCUGUGUGGUGUAUGGAAAUCACACAUUAGACUGGUAAUAAUUUACACUAUAUCACUCUCGAGCCUUCUUACCAUCUCCAACCCCAUAAAUCAUACCAUAAAAUCACCCUUUACGAUGUGAAAGAGAGAUGAGUAAACAUACUUUCACAUAAUUUAAGGAAUAAUAAUGUGAUUUCUGUUAAAAACAAUACAAAAUAUAUAAAUUAUAAAUACGUUUAUUCCGAAUCUCACAAAAUUAUAUUUGUUACUUACGUAAUAGACAUUUUAAUGACAAAAAUAAUUUGAAAACUAGGCAAAUAUCAGAUCUGCAUAGUGUUUCCACCUAAGGCCUUUUCCACAAAAUCUAGCCCUUUUCUGGUGAUUCAACUAAAUGGGGAUGAUUUUACAAUUCUAUUGCUUUCACUCGGUCAUGACCACAUAAAACAUAAUAGAUAUUAAUGCUUUUCCAAUAUUUAAGUCAGCUUAGUAAGAAAUAGCUAUUUAAAGACAAAAUCACAAGAAAAUGGAAUAUCCCAUAAAUAAAAGAAUUCCAUUAGAAAAAAAAUGUUUGAAUAAUUGUUGGUGUUAGCUUAUAAAUGAAUCCCUAGUUCUAUUCACAUUGUAUAUUCAUAAAAUGGAAAGUAUGAAAUUGUUUAAUUUUUUUAUUAUAUUUUGUAAGGUACUUUUGCAAAUUGUAAGUUAUGAAAAAUAAAUAAAAACAUAAAACAUUGAACUGAACAUAAAACAAAUGUUGUUUCAUGUUGUUUCAACCAAAAAAAAAAUUGUUGCAUAAAUGUCAUUAUAGUUAGUUUAAUUAAUCUAUAUGUAAUAAAGUUAUUAAAUAUA